AUGGAAACAUCAUUUCCUGUCACGAUGGACUCAACAGAUCGCUCGAACCGUGGCGAGCUCAACGGGCCACAAAUGGUUGUUCAACAAUAUGCGCGAUAUCCUCCGACCUUGGAAUCGACUUUGCAGAGUGCUUCCUCUCUAGGAAGUGCUCGCAGCCAAAUAGAUAUCAACAAAUCGCCUCCCUUACAGCGAAGAGAAACCCCCAGGAGUCUACAGUCUUCCCCAAGGGGCAUGCGUUCUGCUAUACUCCCAUCGUCCGCCAAUCGCUCGGGGACAUCCAUGUCUCCCCCAGCUUUUGAUCCUCAUCGUCAUCAGCCGAUGAAAGAUCCUGCUGAUCAGGCAGAUUCCCGAGUUCUUCCCUCUCGGGAUAUUACUGACGAGACGAUUGAUGAUGCCUAUGUAUCAUUUAUAUUGUAUUGCAAUCCCAAUGUUCCAUCGUCGGUUGACACAUCAGACCUGAGAAAGACUUUCCGUUGUCUCCCACGAAGUGAUGGGAAAAGCUUCAACAUUUUUACCCUAUUCGGGCUUAUUCGAAGACGGGUGCAGAAUGAAGAGUUGAAGACAUGGAUUCAACUAGCAAUUGAAUUGGGUGUCGAGCCACCCUGUAUUGAAAAGAAGCAGAGCACGCAGAAGGUGCAACAGUACACUGUUCGGCUCAAACGUUGGAUGCGUGCUAUGCAUAUUGAUGCUUUCUUUGAAUAUUGUAUGGGCAUGCCCCAUUCUUACUAUACACAGCUCCCACCAUCUGGCCCUUUCGUCAGCGAAUCUCGCGAUGGUGUAUUAUUGGAAGAAGACCUCGCACUCAGAGCACUUGUGCCACAAUGGAAGCCAAAGCGGGGAAGAAAGAGGGUUGAAGAUAGAUACAGCGAGGAAGACAGAGCAAUCAAGCGGCCCCAGUUAGAUACAUCUGUGGGCGCUUUGCAGCAGAGUACUUUUCAGUCCCACUCUGGAACAUUCCCGCAGAGUGCGAUUCCAUUCAGUGCAUUUCCAGAUGAUAUGGAGCCAAACGACCCAUGGAUAGCGGCGACCUCCUCCUUCCCAAAUGGUACAGGGCCAGAUCAACAAAAUCAAGAUAUACGCUGGAGACUUCCUGACCGGGAGGCCUCUCCUGCAACUUAUCCGCAAUCUGCUAUCAUUCCCCGCAGUCAUCUACCAUCAGAUGUCCUCAUGUCUGCGGAACCGCGAUCGGCAGUAACCCCAUCAACUGGUGAAAAGAGCCGGUCUAGAAGACGACAUGGCCCUGCUGUUUCAUCUGCGUGGCCGAAUAGCAACGGCUUGUCAGCAGGGAAAGGCCGAGGAAGACCACCAAAUAAAGGGUCAUCAUCGGGUUCAUUUUCUACCUUCCAGGUCAAUCCUAGUCGGGAAUCAUCACAAGCACCUAAUUCUAAUACUCAGGCUUCUGCACUUGCCAUUGACAGAAACCCGCCCCAAAUAUUUCAGACCCCGCCUCACAAUCAGCUUCCAGCAUCUAUUGUUCAGGGAAGGCCCAAUAAACUACAAUUGCAGGUUCCUCAGCAUUCAGGGGCCCCGAUUCGACUUGCCACUCCACCAAGACUAGUAGUGAAUGGUGUGAAUGGUGCUGUCAUCCCCGGGUCUGAAGGGCCCAAUGGUUCACGACCAUACCCCACCACAGAUACUCCAAAUAACGGUAUCACUACUCAAGCAUCUUCCUCCAGUGGGCAAAGCAAUGCAACCAUCACCCGGAAUCCCUCCAUUGAGGACAUUGUCCAUGCUCUUUCUGCAGAGCUACUUCGGGCUACGCUUACAGGGCGGACAGCGACUCUCUCCCCCAAUGAGGCGGGUGCUCUGGCCUCGGCGAUGGUAAUCAAUUUGUCUUCAUUAUAUUCACAGUUCCAACUUGGCACUCCUUCGCUGUUACUGGCCUUUCAUCUUGGCGUUGGUCAUCAUUUUGGAUUCGCAAGCAGUAACCCAGGUUCACUGGUCAUCAAGGUCGAACGUGCCACCCCAAGCAGCGGUGGAAAUAGUGGUGCGUCUGGUUCCAAAGAAUCAUCCAAUGGGACUCAGUACAUCAUAUCCCAUGAGUACAGAACUGCAAGCCAGUUUUCUAUGCAAAUCACGCUCGCAAAUUUCAAUUCUAGUAUAGGGGUUACGGAUGCGUCUAAUCAUGCAAACACGAGUACGGACCCAAGUCGUCAGAAUAUUGACAACAAUAAGACGGUGGACCUGGAUUUUGAAGAUGACGAAGAUGACGAUCCCAGCCAGUCCAUUUCCGAGGCAACAUGGAAGCAGCGUUACACAAGGCUCCGUGCUCAGAUGCAGAGAAGAGACCAAGCUUUGUCGCAGUACAAGCGAAAGAUAGUGGAAUCUGUCAUGGCAGAUAUAUAA